AUGUCUAACUCGCAGUGGAAGCUCUACACUUCCGUCUUUCGAUGUCCCGUGUUGACGUCGGAUGCGCAAGCUGGAUCGUCAUGGAUAGGAUUUUAUAAGAGUGUCGGUGACGCACGCAAGAUGGGUUUGAAGGGUUUUGUUCUAUUCGUCAUGCGUUUCAAUCCGGCUGCGUUGAGCAUCGCCCUGCUGGCGACUGUGAGUGCUCACGAUGCGCAUGAAGCUCUACUUGAGCGUGACCUAGCACCACCUGUUGCUGUCAACGAUGGGAGCUAUACCAACUGUGCAAGUGCAGCAUGGCCGCCGUCGAACGUUGGUGUCGAACUUGUACCACAAGCGCCAACUGGAGAGGUCACAGCCAUGCUGGACGAAAUCAGCCCAGCGAACAUUGAGGCCAUCAUCACCAAGUUGGUCUCAUUUGGUACACGACACACCUUGGCCACCUUCAACAGCAGCACAAGAGGCAUUCAUGCUGCUCGCGACUGGAUUGCAUCAGAGAUGAAGCCCAAGUCCACCAUCAUCCUCGCCGCCGUAGCCGGCGAAGAACAAGGCCUCUACGGCGCUGGCUACCUCGCCGGUACCCUCAAGAACUCCAGCACCAACGUCGAAGGUAUGCUCAACUGCGACAUCGUUGGCUCCUCGACUGGCGACCGUGGCCAAAAAGACCCCUUCACCAUCCGCGCCUUCGCCCAAGGUCCCCCGCCCUCCGAAUCCGCCGCAAAAGCCGCCCAGCGUCUGCAAAUUGGCGGCGAGAACGACAGCCCCGCGCGAGAACUCGCUCGGUUUUCUGCCGAGGUGGCGGGGAAUAACGCCACUGGCAUGAACGUUGCGAUUAUAUACCGUCUUGAUAGGUUCCUGCGUGGUGGAGACCAUACGCCGUUUUUGCAGAAUGGGUUUCCGGCAAUUAGGUAUACGGAGCCGAAUGAGAACUUUGCGCAUCAACAUCAGGAUCUGAGGACGGAGAACGGGACGGUUUAUGGCGACCUUAUUGAUUUCGUGGACUUUGAUUACACAGCAAGAGUGGGCAAGGUUAACAUGGCGACAAUUUGGGCUUUGUCUGAGUCUCCGGGAAUGCCGCGGAACGUCACUGUCGACACGACGGUUCUUGACAAUGACACGAGGUUGAAGUGGAUUGUUUCGAACCACACGAAUGUUGCUGGGUAUGAGGUUGUUUGGCGACCAGUUGCGAACAGUUUGUGGACGCAUCAGGUUGAUGUUGGCAAGGUUGGUAGUGUGACACUGCCGCUGAGUAAGGAUAAUGUUAUCUUUGGUGUGCGUGCAGUGGGGACAAAUGGAUAUAAAAGCCCGGCCGUGUAUCCGUUUCCUGGUUGA